AUGGGUUACGAGAAGGGCGAUGCUAAGAAGGGUGCCAACCUCUUCAAGACGCGCUGCGCGCAGUGCCACACCCUGAAGGAGGGUGAGGGCAACAAGAUCGGCCCCAUGCUUCACGGUCUCUUCGGCCGCAAGACCGGCCAGGUCGAGGGCUACUCGUACACCGACGCCAACAAGCAGAAGGGCAUCACAUGGGACGAGAACACUCUCUUCGAGUACCUCGAGAACCCCAAGAAGUACAUCCCUGGUACCAAGAUGGCCUUCGGUGGUCUCAAGAAGCCCAAGGACCGCAACGACCUCAUCACCUUCCUCCAGGAGGAGACCAAAUAA